UCGGGGCGGGGAGCGGCGGGGCCGGCGGGCAACGCCACCCCCAGCGCCGCAGCGGCAGCGACGGCGGCAGCGCAGCCCAGCGCAUCCCUCUCGCCCAUGCCAGGUGCCUGCUGCCGCCUGCGCCGCGACUGAGCAGCGAUGGGGCCUCUGCGGGAGAGCGGCAAGGAGCAGAGGACGCAGCUGGAAAAGGAGGUGUCCCGCAGCCGCAUCCCCCGCCUGGUCCUUCGGCCGCAGCAGAAGGUAUCUCCCUCUUCCGAAUCGCCCUUUUCGGAAGAGGAAAGCCGGGAAUUCAACCCGCCCAGUUCUUCCGCGGGCUCCGGCAGGACUAUCAGCAGCAACAGCUUCUGCUCAGAUGACACUGGCUGUCCUAGUAGCCAGUCAGUAUCUCCAGUUAAGACUCCUGAUGCUGGAAACAGUCCAAUCAGUUUUUGCACUGGUAGCGAUGGAGACUUCCCCAGGAAGAAAUUCAGUGCAGGGUCAGUGAGUGAAGGGAAUACGCAGCUGGCUCGAUAUAAGAAGGAGACAAAGACAAGCCUUGUAAAGCCUGGCAGUGAAGCUGAUUUUAGCUCUUCAAGCAGCACGGGCAGUAUUUCAGCACCUGAAGUCCAUAUGUCGGCUGCUGGAAGCAAGAGAUCUUCUUUUUCUCGCAAUCGCGGUCCUUAUGGUCGGAAUAGUGGAUCCUUAUCCUACAAGUCUGGAGCCAGUCCACCUGCUUCACAUGGAAAGGAUGCUUCGUCAGCACUGUGCAAAAACCAUCUGAGUCCUGCUAACAUCCAUCAGAGUUACAGGGCUUCUUCAGCCAGCAGCAGCAACUCGGGCUCAUACAAAGGAAGCGACAGCAGUCCCGUGAUGAGGCGAUCAGGGAGAUACAAUUCUUGUAGUGACAAUCACACCGUUAAGCCACAAAAUCCAGAGCAGUAUUUGACUCCUCUGCAGCAGAAAGAAGUGGCAGUACGGCAUUUGAAAACCAAGCUGAAGGAAUCUGAGAGCAAACUUAAAGAAAGGGAAACAGAGAUAGAAGAGCUUAAAGCUCAGCUGGGACGGAUGAGGGAAGACUGGAUUGAAGAAGAAUGCAAUCGUGUGGAGGCAGAGCUGGCCUUAAAGGAAGCAAGAAGCGAAAUUAAACAACUUAAACAGGUUAUUGAAAGCAUGAAAAACAGCUUGGCUGAGAAAGACAAAAAAAUUCAGAAAUACUUCAUAGACAUAAACAUUCAAAACAAGAAACUGGAAUCUUUGCUGCAGAGCAUGGAGAUGGCUCAGAACCACUCUGUGAAGGAUGAGCAGUGCCUGGAGUACACGAGCGACUCAGAGGGGAAGCUGUUAGCAUUGUGUGCCACCCUGCCAGACAGCCCCAUCACAGAGGACCAGGGUCUGGAGGAGGUGGCAGACAGUGAUCUGCUUCUCAGUGAGGACAGAGCUAACGGGACUGACGCAUCUGGAGAGAGCUUGACCACCACAACCUCUGAGUUGAGUGAUCCAGCUCCCUUCAGUGCUGCUGUAAACAAAGAGAUGCUUGAAAUCAUUCUGGAUGGAAAGCUAACUUACUGCCAGGAGGAAGGAAAAAGCAACAUGACAGUGGAACAGGCCAUCCAGACUGACGUGGUGCCAUACAGCUUAGAUGUGGAGCAGCUUAUUCAAAACAUCUUCAGAGCUCAAGACACCUGCCCUCUAAGCCCACCUUCUUCACUGAAGGAAUUGGGUGAAUUUUCUCUUGAAAGCUUCAGUGAUUCUGGUAUCAUAGUGGACUUAACUCCAAGUGAUCCCAAUUCUGCCAUUCUUUUGUCUCCUAUGGAGUCUCCAUGCAGAAAGGUGGAGCACAGAGUUAAUGAAAACCGUUUCAUGAAAGAACUUGAUUUUACAGAAACUCACGAUGAUGAAGCCUUUGAGUAUGUUAAUACAGGAAUAAAGAGGAGAUACUGGAGCAGCAGUCUCCUCGGGGAUCUGCUGGCUGUAGCAGCCCCUGUUGUACCAACUAUUGUGUGGGCUUUGAGUACUCAGAGAGGAGGAACAGAUCCUAUUUACAAUAUUGGAGCAUUGCUUCGUGGUUGCUGCCUGGUGGCCCUGCACUCUUUACGCCGAACACCCUUCAGCAUCAAAACCUAAAGUCUGCUCUGUCCCUGGGCACCAACUGGCUGAGGCAGAGAGAAAGAGGGAUGAGAUAGAUCAUAAAAAGUUACUGUAUAUUCUGGUAGAGUCCAUAAUUUGCUUUUGACUAUUUGAUUUGCACUAUAAAUCAGUUCAAAACCAUGUUCCUUGUUUCAAAAUAAAAAAAAUAAGCUGAACCUCAUACUUCCACAAGAUGUUUUUAACAGUACUGCUGCUUACAGAAAUAGUCCUCCUGCUCACAGGCACCAUGGCCCUCCCUUUUGCUGGUGACUUUCUGGUGCCAGCACAUCUGCACAGUGAACAUAACCAGGGAAAUCAGGAAUAUGAGCCCAGUGCUCUUUCAUGUUCCACUGCUGAGCUAGGCUUCAGCUCAGUCACUCUCCCUGGAUGGUUCACUGAGCAAAUGUACAAGCACUUUGCACUGGCUCAAAGGCAGUGUGAGAUGCACAAGGGAACAAACGGCCAGAGAAGGGUGGGCUAUUUCUCUAGACAGCAUUAACCUUCCCUUAGGGUAUCACACCUGUGCUCCAGAAAGCAUGCUAGCGCUUUCCAUUUGUUGUCCCAAGUGUCAAUUCAAUUUAGAGGUAAAACCCGUAUUCCCCAGGCAGCUUCCAGCACAUUGUUCGUGCCUGUCUAAUGUAGUGCUCUUCUCAAUUGUGCAAUUGCUUGAGCAUUUCACUGGUCUUGUGCAUAUACAGGGACUGUAACCAAAAAUGUACAUUGUUGGGAGUCUUAACACUUGUUACAAUGAUAAGUAUAGGUGUGGAUACACUUCGACUCUUAAUGUUGUUUUAAAGUCUUCAUGUAUUGGAACCGAUAGUCUUUUGAGCCCUUUGAAAUACUAUGUAUAAAUGUAUUGUGUUUUAACUUAUUGUUUAUUUAAUUGCUUUAUUGUAAAUUACCUUUAUAAUCACAAGUUCAGUAAAGCAUGAUAGAAAUGUCAAACGUGUUAGUGUUUUACUGUAGAAAGGUAUAAAAAAAUACCCAAUUCCAGCUGAGCUGUCAGGUACAGGCCAAGCUAGGGGAGGUACAGUGUCGGGUACUGUUCCAGGAGAAUUAGAGUGAGAAAACCUGAGUACAGUUCCAAGUGUAAGCACUCACCAGGCUGAUUAGAGGCUCCAGCUGGGCUGCAGCUGCACCCACAACCUGCUUUGCUGCCUCACACUGCAUUCACAAAUGCAAGUGACCUAAUCUUUAACCCAAUGCAAUUAUCUGGAAACCACAAUCCCAGAACAAAAUCAGUCUUUUUGGCAUUUAGCCCAUCUGACAACUGUGAUCUCAGCGUGCAUGCACACUGUGACCAUCAAGACAUGAAUUCUGCAUGUCCAAAACCUGAGACCUGUGGAUAGAUCAGAGGACAGCAAUGCUAACCAACAGGCAAAACAGUGGGGUUUGUCUGGCUCCACGCAAGCUUUCAACACCACCUCUGGCCAUUUAAACCUCACUGGCCUCCUGUUUUCCCCUUCAGCAAAACAAGUGUAGUAUUUCCUUGUGUGACCCAGAGAAGAAGGGACCCAGGGAAGCCUGACAGUUCCAUGCAUUGCUCUGCAGCUUGUGGGAAGGAAGUUAUGAGUAAUCCACAAAGGAAUAUAAUUGACAAUGUGUGGGGAGCAUUUGCAACACUCCAGAGGGUGAUACUGAUGCUUACAGAGAUGAGUGUCACACCUUUCAUGUCCCUGUGACGCCUGGGUGGUGAAUUAUUUUGAGUUUGCAGUAGAGAUUCUAGAAGCUUCAUUAAGCAUUACAUUAAGGAAGAGAACUCUCAGAUAAUUUGAAGUAAUAUAAUCCCCAUCUGACAGAGCUGGACAUGACAGUAUCUUGCUUGCGUUGCCGUAACUUUGUCUUCCAUGCUCUCCUGCCUUCUUGGGUGCCUGCAAUUAUCUGGCUUGCCUUGUGACACUGCUGCAAUCUGUAUUGCUCAAAUGUCACUUUCAAAAGCUUUUAAAUUACAGGGACACUAGGGCCAAAAUUACCUGUUGGAGGUAUUAUUAAUUUAAAUUUUUCACAACCACAGAAUUUCAUAAUUCCUGAAUAUCUCUUCUUGGGGCUGAAACACGUUACAGAAAAUUGUAUUCCUACAUCAAAAUAUGUCUGUGCAGGGCCAAGAGAGCAGUAUUUUACACGUGAAGCUACGAAUUUCAUUACAAUGUUAGGUUUUUCUUUCACAGCCAUUAUUUUUUAAGUGAUCUAUGCUUUGAGUGAUGGUAAAAUGCACCAUAAUUUAGAGGAAAAAGUAUUGCUGUAUUGCCUCUUGCUGCAAAAACCCCCUCUUAUGUUUUAAGAUGCCAAUAGGCCGAUCUCAUAACCAGAACAAAUGUCAAAGUUUAUUUCUGCCCUGAAGAUUCUUCAGUCAGUUUAACUCUCAUAAGGCAUUUAACUACUAUGCUUAGCAAGAGGUGACAGCAUUCUGAUCACAUUCCUGAUAAAAGCCUUUGCUCUGAUCUCUAUCCAAAAUUCAGGUUGCUUCUAAGCCUCCACCUUUCCUCCUCCAUACUGCAAGGACACAGAGAGCUCAAGGUGCCCUUUGUUAGAACACACCUGAAUUAAUACAAUGAGCCAGUUCCACACCUUGGUUUUUUGUUCCACAAUCCAUAUGGUCCUUGUUCCACGAGGAUAUGCUAGUUGUUGCUCCAAACAUACCAACUCAGCUUUUUUCCCUGUAAUAUUACACCUAAGUCUUAGUCAUGUCUCACCUGAAUCUUGCUGGUGCUGUACACAGCUAGGGGAGGACCAUCAGCCUCUGAACAGUUUAAUAAAAACUACCAUCCUUUUUUUCUGAGUUUAGAAAAUGCUCAUACCCACACCUGUACCCCACUGGAAAAGUCAUCUCAAAACAUGCAGGUGAGGAGGACAUGCAGCUCAAACAGUAUGGGUAAAAUUGUGGAUGCUUGAAUUCAGACUUAGGGCAUAGGAACAAAGUCAGCUCCUUCCUGGGCUGAAGGGAUGCCUGUACAUAACCCCAUUAAACAUUUUCUUUCUAAUCCAGGAACAAAAAAAACCCUUUCUUUCAUGUUCAGCUUAAGAGGUAUCCACAUGCCCUGCUGCUGAAAAUGUUGAGGCUCAGGCAUUUGACCCCCUUCCCACCAGAGAUUCAUCUCUACCCUAUUCACAGAAUGCAUCAGGUUGGAAGGGACCACAGUGAGUCAUCUGGUCCAACCUCCCUGCUCAGGCAGGGUCAUCCCAGAGCACAUGGCACAGGAUUGUAUCCAGGCAGUUCUUGAAUAUCUUUAGGGAGGGAGACUACAACCUCUUUGGGCAAUCUGUUCCAGUGCACAUCCAACUGCACAGCAGAGAAGUUCUUCCUCAUGUUGAGGUGGAACUUCCUGUGCCCCAAUUUCCACCUGUUGCCUCUUUUCACCCUUGCUUAUGUCCUUUUCACAAGGCUGUUCUUAACUUAUAAUUACAUAUUUCUUCUUCCUUUCCCUGCAAAUCAACUCUCUCUUAAUCCCAAACUUCAGAAACAUAUUUAGCACUGUUUUAUAUAUGUCUCAUGGAGUAUUUUGCUCCAAAUCCCUUCAGACAAAUGAACACAGGACCUGGCAAGCAUGAACUACAGCAGUCAAGGAAAGGAUGAUUUUUCAGUCAUCCAGGCAGGUCAAUCCUCCACAGUCAAGAAUAUCAGUAAAAGCAAUCAAAUCCAGCUUUCAGCCAAGAAAGAAAAAAAAAAAAAAAGCACAUGGCCCGUCAACCAAAAUAUGAAAAAGGAGGAGCAUAUGGCAGCAGGAAGAAAAGAAGUGUACACAGAGGUGUACAGAAUCCUCACGAAACUCAAACUAACGGAGAAGAUAGUAUCAGAGCAGCAGCCUCAGUAAGUUUAGCAAAAGCGUUUUCGUAUUUAUCAAAGAUAAAAAUCAAGAUAUAGGAAGGAGGAAGGAGAGCAAGCACAGGAAAAAGAUGAAACCAAUAAUAAUGCAUGGGUUACCAGCACUCAAGAGACUUCCAAGGGCAGUGUCCUCCCUUCUGGCACCAUGACAACACAGAGCGGAGACGGGAGGAAUCUCUAGAGCAGCUGUGCUCAGGUUUGGUGGGUAGAUGGAAGGAAGAUGAGCAAAGCAGUACACACAGGAGGGAAAGGCAAUGCAGGAGGAUUCCCAAGCAGACAGUGGCAGAACUCAAGGGUUUUUCAAAUGGCUGAAGGCUCAGAGAUCAAAUGUGCUUUCAUGAUGUAUUCAGGGGCUUUGUUUGCAACUUAGUAACCGGCCCACCUGUUGUUGUUAUUUUUAAUAAAUAGUAUUGAUUCAUAUCUGUUUUAUAUUAAUAGCAACAGUAAUCACUUAUUAACAACAGUAAUCACUAAUUUUCUAAAAAAUGAGACAUAGCUUCACACAUUUUUAAACAGGCAGUAGAUAGCCAGUUUCCUUGCCAUGUGUCAGCAAUUGUGAAAGAAUUGUGACUGGUACCUCCUGGCUUCUUGAGUGCUGUUAGAAGUACAAACAGAGAUUGCUAUUAAAGCUUAUUCAUAAACUUUCUCAUCUCCCAUCCCUUGUCAGAUACUUAGGAGGUGUGCAGUAGGAACAGAUUUGCUUGCCAUACUGCUGAAGUCUGCACUUGAAGUAAUCUGUUCUACUCCAGCCAGAACACUUGUGCAGAAAACAUGCAUGGCAGUGUUGGCUUCAAAAUACAUUUUAAAAUUUAACAUCUGAAAAUUGCUGUCAAAUCAGUUCACUUGUGCAAGGUUUGAAUCUAUAUGACAAGUAGACUUAAAAUUUUUUAAAGCUUUUCUCUGUGACUAAAGCCAUUAAAAUUAAUUCUUACUGUUUUGUUUUUUCAAUUACUUAUACUCUAAGCAAAACUUGUGCCAGAACCUACUAGAACUUAUUUACAAAUUCUAUUUUUAUAGGCAGGAAAGAUCUAGUCACAUGCCCCCUCUUCCCCUUCCCAUUCUCUUACAAGUGACACUUCCUGUGCUGUCCCCUGGAUGAACAGGAAACAAGUCUCAUGUGCAAAAUGUGCUGAUGUCACACAUCUGUCAUAAGGUAAGAAAUCAUACAAAGCCUAUGAAUCAAGGAUAAUAGCACCCACACAACAGAACCUGGACAAUGCAUUCACUGAAGCACUGGGCUGCACAUAGGAAGCACACAGACUCCCCUCCUCCCAUCCACCUCUUUCCAGCAGACACUGAACUUCUUCAUUAAAGCACUGUUGCCUCCUACUGCACAUUUACCAUUCACACUCCACCAGGGGAAAUAAGAGUGAACACAUACAGUAAGUGUGCAAAAACUGGAGUUUGAAAAGUGCUUGUAACUGAACUGAGAAUUUUUACCCUAGCUUUAUUAGCAGGAUGACAUGAAUUUUUUCUCAAUUACACUAACUAUACAACCAUUGUAAGGUGUGAAGAUUCCUAUCUGUAAGAAGUAUAAGAAUUUCUGCUAGAAAUACAAAUUUACCAAUACAAGUAAGUGAUUAAAAUGCUCCCUUACAUUCAUGUAAGCAUUUGUGGGAAAGGUGCACCACUCCUGUGUAGUGGUGCCACUGCUGGUAGUCAUUGCAGUAUCUCAUGUAAAUGGGAGCACAGGAAGCUGCAAGUGACAAAGUAACAAGAAAUGCACUUUCAGUGUUCAGCUGCAUAACCCACCAGGAGCACAUUUUGAGCUGCAGGUCAUCCAUAGUAAGUUAUUUUCUUCUACACAGGUCAGUAUGAUCUCCCAUGUAAAACUUUCAAGUAUUUACAGAUACUUUGAUAAAAGAGCAAAAGCAGACUUUUUUAUCAGGCAGGAAGCAAAGGGUUCUUUAAAACUGUUUAAUUACAUGUUUCAGGUAAGCACAGACAAUACAGGUAGAUUUCCCACCACUCAAUAUUUACAUUCUUUUCCCUAGGCUUGAGCUGUUCAUUAAGAGUGUUUUUCAAUCAAUAUCCUUGUCAAUCACUUUUGCUGCAAAGAAGGGUGCUGGAAAAGAACUAUUGCAGGAAACAUUCCAUCAAGGCAUGAUUUUCUGUGGGGCUUUUCUCCAUUAAGAACUACAUACUAGUAGUUCAAGAUAUUUUGGGAAAAUCCUGGCUUCCAAGAUGACCUGAAGAAUGCAUUGAAACCAAGCAGUGUGUUGAAGUCCUAUAAAUAGUUAAAUCAAUACCAAUACUUAUGUUGUAGAGCUGAAAUUCUUUCUUCACUGGCACUGCCAUUGCUGCGUGGUUUCUGUUAUGACAGUUUUACACCAAUUUUGUUUUGUUCCUUUUUCAUUAGCCUUUGUGCCUCUUUCUCCAUUUUCUUUCGCUGUUGUUCUGCUGCUCUUUUUUCCCUUUCUGCUAUCUUCUGUUGUCU